AAUAAGAUAUAGUGAUGCUGUUACUACUUCGGUAAGCAUUUAAUUCUUCUGUGAAUUCCUCUCAAAGUACGAACCGUUAUGAUACGUUGGCGGAAUCUACACUUUUCGCCGGGCCAGUCGAUGGUCGCUUUGUUAUGGUGCUGCGUCGCCGGAUGGGGACUGUUUUCCAUAGCAGACGUAGAAUGCCUCCGGAGAUACACGCAGGAUGAUAUGCACAGAUUACGCGAAAGAGUCCGCAGUAUGUUCCAGCACGCCUACGGCGGCUACUUACGCCAUGGUGCACCGUAUGACGAACUGCGGCCCUUAUCGUGCGAUGGAAUUGACACUUGGGGGAGUUAUUCACUGACGUUAGUCGACGCUCUGGAUACGCUUGCCGUGAUGGGUAACUACACGGAGUUCGCCCGCGUUGUCGAGCUACUGAACGGCCGUUCUUUCGAUGCGGACAUCAAUGUAUCGGUUUUCGAAACGAACAUUCGGAUCGUCGGUGGAUUACUGUCAGCGCACUUGCUGUCCCACCAGGCCGGUUUAGAAGCGGUAGGCCUCGUGGAGCCCGGUUGGCCCUGCGAAGGACCUCUGUUGCGCAUGGCAGAAGACGUGGCGCAACGUUUGCUGCCGGCAUUUGAAACUGCCACCGGAAUGCCCUACGGAACGGUGAAUCUCCGCCACGGUGUUCCCUACGGUGAAACCGCCGUUACAUGCACCGCUGGCAUCGGCACGUUUAUUCUAGAAUUUGGGACACUAAGCCGUCUGACUGGGAAUCCGGUGUACGAGGACGUGGCCAUGAAUGCUCUCCACGCAUUGUACGAUCACCGGUCGCCUAUCGGACUUUACGGGAAUCAUAUUGAUGUGCAGACCGGCCGAUGGAUUGCUCAGGAUGCCGGUAUCGGUGCCGGUGUGGAUUCAUACUACGAGUAUUUGAUUAAAGGAUCACUGCUGCUCGAGCAGCCUGACCUGAUGGCAACAUUCCUGGAGAGCAAAGCGGCUAUCGACCGUUAUCUAAAACGUGACGAUUGGUACGUAUGGGUCAGUAUGACCAAAGGACAGCUUACGUUGCCCGUCUUCCAGUCCCUCGAAGCGUACUGGCCGGGGUUGUUGAGCCUGUACGGAAACACUACGGAGGCGCUCCGUGUACUGCACAGUUACCAAGCAGUUUGGCGGCAGUACGGGUUUUUGCCCGAGUUCUACAAUAUACCCACUGGUGAGGCUGGAACGAACCGUGAAAACUAUCCGCUGCGUCCGGAACUGAUCGAGUCGGUAAUGUACCUGUAUCGUGCGACGGGCGAUCCGUUUUUGCUCGAGGUCGGUGAAAAUAUGCUCGAAAGCAUCGAGCACAGCGCCAAAACGGCAUGUGGUUACGCGACGAUACGGAAUGUGCAGAGCCACCAGCAGGAGGACCGUAUGGAAUCGUUUUUCCUAGCAGAAACCACAAAAUAUCUGUACCUUCUGUUUGAUCCGAGCAACUUCCUGCACAAUGAUGGCCGAAUUGGCAACAUCGUACAGACCACCGUAGCAGGCGAGACCGAGCAGUGCGUGGUUGCGGGAGGUGGUUACAUAUUCAACACGGAAGCACACCCAAUUGAUCCGAUGGCAUUACGGUGUUGUGAGGCGCGCCACACUAAUAUGUUUGGCACUGCAGAUGCCAACCAUGUAGAUCAACCCAGCCAUCGUGGGGAGCUUUACCAACGGGGUUUAAAAAAGAACAAGAAAUUGAAUAAGGCAGAUGGCAGCCAAGAAAAAGGCUCGACUGUAGACACUCCGAUUCAUCUGCAUACGACGGUCGCAACCGCCGUAGAAGAAAUCAAACCGAUGGUAACCGAUGACACGAUCGACACCACUAAGCUUCCAUGCAGCACAAUCAGCCGCGAUUUGAUGGGGGAUGGUGAUGGAACCGGGCGGGGGUCAGGUGCGGUUGAUGGGGGUGUGAAAAGCAAAACCAUCUCGUCGACAGUGACCGUCUCAAGUCAAGACCAAUCAAGUAAAAAACCUCUAAACCCCGAAAACCUGAGCGAGUUACCUGCUGAGAUGGACGAAGAAACCACGGGAUCAACAGCAGCGUUAACCGAACCCGAUUUACUGUUGGCAGUGCCGCCAGCAAACGGAAACCCGGAUGAUUUGAUAGUUCCGCAAAAUGUUCCAUCGGUUGUGGUCGACGAAGCGCGUAGUUUGGACGGGCAACGCCAUGAGAAGGACGGCAAUGACGAAGAUAAACCGGCGGCGAUGCUGGUGAAACUUGUGCAGAACAUGUUUCGGUCAGCCGCCCGUCACGCACCGGGGUCUGGAGGAGGGGUCAAAUUCGAUCGAGAAAAGUUUUAUCACCAUUGGAAUCGAGUUGGUGGCAGCACGCGUAAAGACAGCUCCAAUGCCUCAUCAACAACCUCGGCGGGAGAACCGCUAGUUAUCCGACCGCGGUACGACUUGCUUACGUGUCGAGCGCAACCCUACUUACAACGGAUAACGCUGAUGGGAGAGUUUUACUGACUAUUUCCAUAGCAACUAUGCCCAUAGGAGAUUUAAAUCGUAAUAAAGUACUCACAAAACGGAGUAGUUGCACAAAAUAUGCAAACCGAGAAUGGUUCAUUACUUACUAAUGGCAUUGAAAGGAAUGGAAAGAAA